AUGAUCUGUUGUGGAACUAUACUUCUUUGGUUAGGAUUCGGUUUACCAUCAGUGGUGUUUGGUAAAUUCAAUCAAAGACAAGUUAGUGUCAAUUCGACCGAAAUCACUUCUCUCGCCGCCGCUGCUUCUUCGACCUCAAGAGGUAUUGCCGAUUCUACAGUGUCCAACAAUGAGAGUUCGUCAUCGAACUCAACAGCUCCAUCAAAUUCUACCGGCUCCUCUCCAGCGCUGGCAAGUUCUACUUCCACCGGUGUCCCUUCAUCCUCCAAUUCAACUUUAUCAGACAGUGCAUCUUCUUCAACAGGCAAUCUGUCAAAUUAUCAAUAUCCUACAACCAACAUCACUUACAUAUCUAAUCCCGUACCUGCACCGCUAAACAGAAGUUAUUAUAACCCUUCUUCGAAAUGGACACAUGCUCAUAAGAAGGCUGCAAGGUAUCUAUCCGAUUGGACAUUGGAAGAAAAAGUCUCACUUACCACUGGAGUAGGCUGGGAACAAGGUAGAUGUCUAGGUAAUAUUGCACCUAUACCAUCGAGGAAUUUCUCUGGAUUAUGUUUGAUGGAUAGUCCACUAGGAAUCAGAUUGACUGAUUUCAAUUCUGCUUUUCCUGCUGGCGUCAAUGUUGCAUCUACAUUCGACAAAGAUUUGAUGUACGCCCGAGGAUACGCGAUGGGAAAAGAAUUUAAAGGUAAAGGAGCUCAUGUCGCUUUAGGUCCAAUGACCAAUAUGUAUCGUACACCUACAGGAGGGAGGGCUUGGGAGGGUUUCGGUGGUGAUCCAUACUUAUCAGGUUGGGCUACUCAGAGGACCAUAUGGGGUAUACAAGAUGCUGGUGUACAAGCUACCGUCAAACAUUUCAUAGCGAAUGAACAAGAACGUAAUCGGACUACUUCAGAUUCACAACUAUCUGACAGAACCAUGAGAGAAAUAUAUUCACAUCCAUUCUUGAAAGCUGUUCAAGCAGAUGUAGCUUCUGUCAUGUGUUCAUACAAUUGGAUAAACGGUUCAUGGGCAUGUCAAAAUUCCGAAUUACUCAAUGGUAUCUUGAAAGACGAUUUUGGAUUUCAAGGAUAUGUAAUGUCAGAUUGGAACGCUCAACAUUCAGGUGUACUUUCUGCCAAUUCAGGUUUAGAUAUGACUAUGCCUGGUGAUAUUGAAAUGAAUUCUUUGACUAGUUAUUGGGGUCAAAAUCUAACUCAAGCUGUAAAUAAUGGAAGUGUCUCAAUUGGUAGAUUAGACGAUAUGGCUCAAAGAAUUAUGGCUGCUUACUUCUUAUUGGAUCAAGAUAAAGAGUAUCCAUCUGUCAGCUUCGAUUCGGCUAGACCACGUGCAGAAGCUAACAAUUCUCAUGUCGACGUGAGGGAAGAUCAUUGGAAAUUGAUACAACAUAUCGGCGCAUCUUCAACUGUUCUCCUCAAAAACGUCAAUAACACCUUGCCUCUCAACGCUCCUCGUUCAAUGACACUCAUCGGCUCAGAUCUGGGACCUUCAAUGAAAGGACCUAAUGGCUAUUCCGAUCGAGGUGGUGAUGAAGGAACAUUAGCUAUGGGAUGGGGAUCCGGAACAUGCAAUUUUCCAUAUCUUGUUGACCCAUUACAAGCAAUCUCCCUUCAAGCUCGAAAAGAUGGCACAACCCUCGAUUGGUGGUUCAACGAUUUCGAUACUGGUUCUGCUGCACACUGGGCAACGGGAUACGACGUUGCUUUAGUUGGAAUCAAUUCUGAUUCAGGUGAAGAAUAUAUCACGGUAGAUGGUAACAUCGGUGAUCGAAAUAAUAUCUCAGCAUGGCACAACGGUGAUGAAUUAGUCAAAUCAGUCGCGAAUGUGAAUAACAAUACGAUUGUCAUAAUACAUUCUGUUGGACCAAUAGAUAUGGAAGAAUGGAUUGAUCAUCCAAAUAUAACAGCUGUCCUAUGGGCCGGAUUACAAGGCCAAGAAUCAGGAAACUCCCUGGUCGAUAUAUUGUAUGGAUCAUAUAAUCCUUCAGGAAGAUUACCAUAUACAAUAGCUAAAAAUCAAUCUGACUAUCCUGCGAAUAUCAAUUACGUCAACACCGACGAGAUCCAACAUCCUCCUGUCGAGUAUACAGAACAACUGAACAUCGAUUAUAGACAUUUCUUAAGUAAGAACAUAACGCCAAGAUAUGAAUUUGGUUAUGGUUUAAGUUAUACUACUUUUCAAUAUACGAAUUUAGUCAUGUGGGAGAAUGAUCAAUUGGUGAAAAAAGGUUUAGGACUAGGAUUAAACACUGAGAUGAAUUUCGACUACGAAAGAAGAGAUGAGAUCAAUUCCAGUAUAAAUGGAAGUUCUUCGCACAACUCAUCAUCAUCGUCAUCAUUAAAUGGAACGAUCUCCCCUCAAGCUAGCACAACAGGUUCAACGAGGAAUAGUACAGGUAAACUGGGUUCAUUCAAUCUGAAAUCCCUCCAUGAACCUCGUUGGACAAUCUCCAUUGAUAUUACCAAUUCUGGCGAUGUUUUAGGAUGUGAUAUUCCUCAACUGUACUUGGCGUUCCCGUCAGAAGCAGGUGAACCUCCAAAAGUAUUAAGAGAUUUCAACAGGGUACAACUUUGGCCAGGAGAGACCAAAACUGUCACAUUCCAAUUAUCAAGAUAUGAUGUGAGUAUAUGGGAUGUUGUCAAACAGAAAUGGUCAGUACCAAAAGGCAAUUUCGGUAUUGAAGUUGGUAGAAGUAGUAUGGAUGAGAAGAGCAUGACUAUCAAUUGGUGUUUCAAGGGAUGCCAUUGA